AGAGAGAGAAAUGUGGCAGUGGGUUCUUCUUUUAGGUUAUUUUAUUCAAUCUAACAAGUAGAUAACAUGUAGAUAACAUCAUCUUCUGGAUGAUGAUGUCCAUGUAGAGGCUUCUUCAAGACAGUCACAGGGAAAAGAGGACCAACCAAAUGGCAGCUACCUCAGCUUCCAAGUGGUUCUUGCCUUGUGUGCUGCUACUGUGUGCGACUCUAUCAUUGACACAUUGCAGCAAUGUCAGUUAUGAUGGCAAGGCUCUCAUCAUCAAUGGCCAGAGGAGGAUUCUUUUCUCUGGGUCCAUUCAUUACCCCAGAAGCACCCCUCAGAUGUGGGAAGGGCUUGUGCAGAAGGCAAAAGAGGGUGGUUUGGAUGUUGUUGAUACCUAUGUGUUUUGGAAUGUUCAUGAGCCUUCUCCUGGCAAUUAUAACUUCGAGGGGCAAUUUGAUUUGGUUCGGUUUGUAAGGACUGUCCAGAAAGCUGGCCUAUUUGUCCAUCUCCGCAUCGGGCCUUAUGUUUGUGCAGAGUGGAAUUUCGGGGGACUACCUGUGUGGUUGAAGUUUGUUCGGGGCAUUAGCUUCAGAACAGAAAAUGAGCCCUACAAGUCGGCAAUGCAAAAAUUCACUCAAAAGAUUGUCCAGAUGAUGAAGAGUGAAAACCUGUUUCACUCUCAAGGAGGCCCCAUCAUCCUAUCUCAGAUUGAGAAUGAGUAUGGGCCGGAACGCAAGGCUUUUGGAGCUGCCGGUAAUGCCUACAUGAAUUGGGCUGCGAAAAUGGCUGUAGGAAUGGACACAGGAGUGCCGUGGGUGAUGUGCAAGGAAGAUGAUGCUCCUGACCCGGUGAUAAACGCAUGCAAUGGCUUUUAUUGCGAUUACUUCUCUCCUAACAGACCAUAUAAACCAACAUUAUGGACCGAGGCUUGGAGCGGAUGGUUUACAGAUUUUGGCAGCCCGGUUUAUCAGAGGCCGGUCGAGGAUUUGGCAUUUGCAGUUGCUCGUUUCAUCCAAAAGGGAGGCUCCCUCAUUAAUUACUACAUGUACCAUGGAGGAACCAAUUUUGGCAGAACAUCCGGAGGGCCCUUCAUUACCACGAGCUACGACUACGAUGCUCCAAUUGAUGAAUAUGGAUUGAUCAGGCAACCCAAGUAUGGUCAUUUGAAGGAACUACAUGAUGCCAUUAAGAGAUGUGAGAGAGCCAUUCUAAAUGCUGACCCUGCCGUGCAGUCGCUCGGGAACUACGAGCAGGCUCAUGUUUUUUCAUCUAAUUCGGGAGGCUGCGCGGCGUUUCUCUCGAACUACCACACAAACUCGGAUGCCAGGGUGACUUUCAGGGGAAGGCACUACGACUUGCCGCCUUGGUCCAUCAGCAUCCUCCCCAACUGCGUCGAUGUCGUCUUCAACACAGCCAAAGUCCAGCAUCAAACAACUCAAGUGCAGAUGUUAUCCACUGAAGCAGAACUCCACUCCUGGGAGAUUUUCAAUGAGGAAAUCUAUUCCCUCAAUGAAGACUCCGCCAUCACAGCGACUGGUCUCCUCGAGCAGCUGAACAUAACAAGAGAUGCUAGUGACUACCUCUGGUACACAACCAGUGUCCAUAUUAGCCCGUCUGAAUCAAUCCUCAGAGGAGGGAAACGCCCAGUUCUCAAAGUUCGAUCCAUGGGCCAUGGUACGCACGUUUUUGUCAAUGGACAUCUUUCAGGUUCUGCGUUCGGCACUAGGGAAAAGAGGAGAUCUGAUUUAGCAGUGGACAUUAACUUGCGAGGCGGGACCAACCAAAUUUCACUUCUCAGCGCCACUGUUGGAUUACAAAACAUCGGCUCUCAUUUCGAGACAUGGAGCACCGGCAUCUUAGGACCAGUGACGCUGGAAGGGCUCGAGGAAGGGAACAAGGACUUGUCAUGGCAAAAGUGGCUGUACAAGGUUGGGCUUAAAGGAGAAUCGAUGACACUGUAUUCUCCGAGUUCCAUCCAGUCAGUUGAUUGGACAAGAGAGUCUUUAGUCUCGGUGAAACAACAACCUCUUACUUGGUACAAGGCCUAUUUCGAUGCACCAGAAGGAGAUGAACCUCUGGCUCUCGACAUGGGAAGUAUGGGGAAAGGUCAAGUUUGGGUCAACGGGCAGAGCCUCGGAAGAUACUGGAGUAUACGCGCCAACGGAGAUUGCAGCGGAUGCAGUUACUCUGGCACGUUUCGGCCCAUCAAGUGCCAAUUCCGAUGUGGACAACCCACUCAACAGUGGUACCACGUUCCGCGGUCUUGGUUAAGACCAGCCAAAAAUUUGCUGGUAGUUUUUGAGGAAAUCGGUGGGGACGCUUCAAGGAUUGCUCUCGUUAAAAGAGUGGUGGUUGGUGAACAAUAAUCGAACCGAGUUGCACUCCAGUAUACACGUUCUCAGGAUUUUUUUACGAAACUGACUGCAGAAGUUGUUAUGUGAUUAGCAAAGACGAAGAAUCGCCUCAUUUUACAACAUUUAUGUGUGUGAAUCAACACCCCAAAGCCAUUCAAAAUGGUCACAAGGAAACUGUCCAUGCUCA